AUGUGUGCAAAGGGUGAAAGCUCUGAUCGAGAAAUCGCUAUCUCGAAACAUUUGAAGCAAUCCGUUAUUGAAGGUAGGAAAAGGAUGCUCCGCAUGGUCCUUGACUCCUUUGAUGUUGUUGGACCAGAAGGGAGAUCAUUUGUCUGCCUGGUAUACCAGCCUCUUGGAAUGAGUUUCACUGAGUUUCAAGAAUUGCUUCCCGAUCAAAGGUUCUCGAAGGACCUCAUCCAAAGAAGUACCCAGCUUAUACUAAUAGCAUUAUCUUCUAUGCAUGAAAGCGGUGUUGUCCAUACCGAUAUCUCGCCGAACAAUAUACUUCAAGGAGUGAAAGAUAGCUCUAUAUUAUCCAAGAUUGAGGAAGAUGAAAUCAAACGCCCAAUUGCUAGGAAGAUUCUGAGCGACCGGAGUAUUUACUACUCCCGCCCCAUGCCUUUAUGUUCAGGUCUUCCUGUGGUCUCCGAUCUAGGUGAAGCUAGAUUUGGAAAAGAAAAGUACUAUGGUGACAUCAUGCCGGGAAUUUAUCGCGCACCAGAAGUCAUUCUAGGUAUGGAAUGGGAUUACAAGGUUGAUAUUUGGUCAAUUGGCAACAUGGUUUGGGAUCUUGCAGAGGACCAUCAUCUUUUCUUUGCCAAAGAAAACGGGACUCUCAGCGAUGAGCAGCAUCUGGCUGAGAUGGUAUCUCUAAUGGGCCCUCCACCCCCAGAAUUCUUAAUGAGGAGUAAGCGAUGCGAAAGAUUCUGGGAUGCGGAAGGUAAUUGGAAAGGCUCUAUAUGUAUACCAGAGCAGACUUUUGGGCUCAGAGAGCUGCAUUUUUCUGGGGAGGACAAGGUUCUUUUUCUAAACUUCUUGCGCAGGAUAUUUCGAUGGCUUCCGGAAGAACGUCCGACAGCAGAAGAGCUUGCGUAUGAUGAUUUUCUAAUGCAGCCGAUCAUGGUAAAAGAAAUCAAUAAGUUGGGGGCUCAAAUUGGGUAG